UGGCGAAGGGGCUCCGAGCUCCUCCCUUGGCCUGCUCCCCACACGCAGCUGCCCAAGACUUGGGACGCGGCGUGAACCGGGGCCGCGGUGUGCAGGGGUGCAGGCAGCGGUUGCGGAGCAAGCCCGUCCCUUCCUCCCUGCAGGUCUAUUACCUGGGAGAGGGGGAGGCCUCGAGACAGUGGCUGCAGCAGGAGCAGAACAGCAAAGCCAAGCUGUGUCUGUCCCACAUGAGGGCGGUGGCCAGCCACGUGCUGGCCCAGCACCCCCACGUGACACCCCUGGCGUGGGACGACAUGCUGCGGGACAUGCCCGAGGACCAGCUCACAGCGUCGGGGGUGCCGCAGCUGGUGGAGCCGGUGCUCUGGGACUACGCGGCCGACCUGGACGUGCACGGCAAGGUGCUCCUCAUGCAGAAGUACCGGGAGUGCGGCUUCCGGAGGCUGUGGGCUGCCAGCGCCUUCAAGGGCGCCACGGGGCCCAGCCAGGCCCUGACCCCAGUGGAGCACCACCUCAGGAACCAUGAGCGCUGGCUGCAGGUGGCGGCCAGUGGGCCAGUGGACUCGCUGCAGGGCAUCGUCCUGACCGGCUGGCAGAGGCAUGACCACUUCUCCGUGCUGUGCGAGCUGCUUCCUGUGGGGGUCCCGUCACUGGCAGCCUGUCUGCAGUUGCUCCUCCACGGAGGAUUCACCGAAGAUGUCAAACUGAGAGUGGAGAACCUUCUCGGGGUUUCAAGCCUGGAAACAACCGAUCCUGUAGGUGAGAGGGCCGGCUCCUUCCCUGGCAGCGACAUCCUCAGCCUCGUUGCGCACUUCAGCCUGCACCUACGCAGCUCCGUGGACGCGCUGCUGGAGAGGAACAGGUAUGUGACUGGCUGGUUUAGCUCCUACCACCGCAGUCGGAAGCUCAUCCACCCCGUCAUGGUGCAGCACAUCCGGCCCGAGGCUCUCAGCCUGCUGGCCCGGUGGAGCGCCCUCCUGCAGCAGCUGGAGGCGGCCCUGCAGCUGGCCUUCUACCCGGACGCCGUGGAGGAGUGGCUGGAGGAGAACGUGCACCCGAGCAUGCGGCGGCUGCAGGGGCUGCUGCAGGACCUGAGCGAGGCGGCUGCUCCUCGGCCCCCGCCCAGCGACCCCGGCUGGGACGCCAGUCAGGACCCCUGAGGGGAGUGGCCUGUGCACGGGCUGGGCAGCUGUCCGUCGGACCUCCCCCAACAGCUCACUCCCGCCCAAGCCCCCGCAGCUGUGCAGGGCCAGGCAGCCCCCAACGGUGCAAUGAUCUUUGGGGAAAAAGGAAAUAUCGGAGGAAAAAGCACAUGGGACCUGCUUUAUGAUCUGCACAUAGAACUUUACUCUUUUGAAAUAAAAAGAAGAGUGGAAGCCAGAGGUCACGCUAACAGAAAGCCGAAACAGGCGCGGUGGUGCAUGUGCUGGCAGUCCCAGUGC